CUCAGGUUCUCAAGAACUCGGCCCGGUCCGGCGGUCUCCAAAUCCCUCAAUGACUAGCCAUUGCACGCUUCACGCAACAGACGUCGAACGGCAGUAUCGUCUUCCUCGUCGUGUCUGACUCCUGAGUUGACUCAUACCUGAUAGUGCUCUUGUUGGUAAGACUUGCCUCAUAGAGGUUGCCUUGUGCAAGUAAUACUCAGAGCCAAGUUUCUUGUUCUCUUGAAUGAGGGCAUGCGAACAUCAAGUCAAGUACUAUGGAGGAACCUCGCAACGACAAACAGGGACUAAGCACAGAUGAACAUGCUAAUUCCAGCACUGGAAUGCCUCAUCGGCCCUCGAACGAUCAUGCAAGCAUCGAAGCUUUCCCCGAAGCACCCCAACCCACACUUCAAACCCCAAAGACCGUAUUGGACAUACACGAUGAUAUUCACGACGACGAUAUCGAGUAUCCCGAAGGCGGCUUCCAGGCCUGGAUGGUGGUGGUCGGCGCGUGGUGCGCCAUGAUCCCUCCGAUGGGAAUCCUCAACACCAUUUCCGUUCUCCAGGGCUGGCUGCUACAAAAUGAGCUCGAGGGAGUGCCCGAAAGCAAAGCAGGAUGGAUAUUCUCAUGCUACGCCUUCUUCAUCACGGCCUGCGGAGCACAAGUCGGACCGGUAUUUGACGCGUUUGAUAUCAGGGUACUCCUCAUCCCGGGCUCCAUUGGCUUGAUCGCCUCAAUGAUCUUCCUCAGUCUAUCGACAGAAUUCUAUCAAAUGCUCCUCUCCUUCGGCGUCUGCGGCGGCAUCAGCGCCGCCUUCCUCUUCAACCCAGCCCUCUCCGCCAUAGGCCAUUGGUUCUGCGAGCGCCGCGCCUUCGCAACCGGCGUAGCCUGCACGGCCGGCGGCAUGGGCGGCAUCGGCUUCUCCCUCAUCAUCCAGUACCUCGCGCCGCGUAUCGGCUUCCCCUGGGCGAUGCGCAUUAUCGCCUUCAUAUCGACGGGCAGCCUGAUCGUCACAAACAUCUUUCUCCGGAAACGGCUGCCGCCCAAACGCAAGUCCAAAGCUCUGAUCGACUUCCGCCUCCUCCGCGAUGUCAAGUUCGGGGCUACGGUGGUGGCCAUCUUCUUUGUGGAGUUUGCCGUGUUCAUUCCGUAUUCGUAUAUAUCGUCAUACGCUAUUGAAAAGGGACUGGGCUUGCAGAAAUCAUUCCUCCUCAACGUCUUGCUCAAUGCCGGCGCGAUUCCCGGUCGGAUGUUGCCUGGAUACAUUGCCGACCGCGUAGGCGCCUUCAACACCAUGUGCGUCACGUCUCUCUGCUGCGGUCUCUUGAUCCUAGGGCUCUGGCUCGCCGCCGGUGAUGUGGACGCCAAAAUCAUGUCCUUCACCACGCUGUUCGGCUUCUGGUCCGGGGCUGCCAUCAGCCUGUCGCCCGUGUGCAUCUCUCGCGUCUGCAAGAUUGAGGACUAUGGAAAGUCGACGGGCAUGGCGUACUUCAUUGCGAGCUUUGGUGCGCUGGUUGGUAUCCCCUUGGCGGGAUUCCUGCUGGAGACUGGGACUGAGCCUUACCGAAAUUUGAUUAUAUUUGCGGGCGCAGCAUACAUGGUUGCGUUUGUUGCCUUUUGCGGUGCUAGGGGCAUUGCAGGUGGCUGGAAACCAGCCUUGUUUUAGAUGAGGAAUCCAAGCCCGAGGGAUGAAUCGCAAUGAGCGGAAAGUCAAGCUGUUAGAAUAAGUAUCCAGGCAAGUGGGUGACAAGAUAGAAUGCCAAUGAACGUCAAGGAGGUCCCCUUCUCAUGACC